CAGUAGUAAGAGAUGAAGGAGAAUCAGCUGAGAUCAUCUGUCCUUAUGAUUCAAUCUAUAAAUCAAAGCCAAAGUCUCUCUGUAAGGGGAAGUGCUCCACUAGAGACAGAAAUCCUCUCAGUGAGACUGUGAGAGAAGAGAAAGAGACCAAGACUGGCAGAUUGACUCUGAAUAAUGACGUCACUGCAGGUGUCUUCACUGGGAGCAUCACUGGACUGACAGCAGAGGAUGCUGGGAAAUACUGGUGUGCAGUGACAUUAGAAACAGAGCUCAAUUAUCUUUACACUCAUCUGAUCGUCAUCAUGAACGAGGAGCUGAACUUGACUAAGUAUGAAGGAGACGACGUGUCAAUCCAGUGCAAACAUCAGGAUGAAGAUCAGAAACGCUUCUGCAAAGCACAUGAAGCCUCCAUGUGUGUGAAGGAUGGAGUUUCAUUGGAGACGAUCAGAGAUGAUCGAUUCUCUUUCAGUGAUGAAGCAUCUACUGGAGUCUUUACUGUGAACAUCACUGAUCUGAGAGAAGAGGAUUCUGGGAUAUACUGGUGUGGAGCUCACAUCAUCACUAAAGUCAAUCUCACUGUUAAAACAGAUUUCACCUUGUUCAACCUGAUUUGUGUUUCUUCAGCUCUGAUGCUGAUUGGGGGAUUCAGUCUGAUUAUGUGUAAAUUAAACCUGAAUGAGAACAUAGUGUUAUAUAAAGCAGAUAAUAAUCACUACUAA